UAUAUUUGCAGAAAAAGUUAAAUGGAAGUAUCAAAAGUAAACGAACUACCCAUAAUUGAAGAGAAAAAAUACAGAACAGAGGAGACCACCAAUGAUAGAACAAGGAGUAAUGAGCUUACCAAAAAUAUCGUCAAAAAUAAUUCAGACAAUACUUUAGAAGACCAUAAAGGAACUUCAGGAUCAAAGAACUUGAGAAGUCAGAUGAAUUUCAAUUAAAAAGACAAUGAAAAGUGUAGGGAUGAGGUCUACUCAUACGAAGAAAGCCCAAAAUGACUAUUUAUCAUCCUUUGUUACACCCAAGAGAUCAGUCAGAGGUCCUAAAUCAAUGCUCUAUUCAACAGCAAGUAGAUAUAAAGAAGAUAAGAUCAGUAAGAUCUGAGAAUCAACAACUGAGCCAUUCAGAAAAACCCAGACCAGAAUAAAUGGUAGACUCAAGGACUAUACACCUACUGAAAAUGAGGAAGGAAAUCAAGGCAAUUGGGAAGAAUCAAUGGAUAAAACAUUCGAGAACAUUUCUCUCUUAGUCAGGCAAAAGAAAGAUGCCAAGGAAGACAAUAUUUACCUAAGAAAUCACUUAACAGAGACUCUUGAUGAGCUUGAUGAAGAGACCCGGAUGCAAAAACAGUUAGAGAAGGAAAUCGAGGCCGAAAAGAAGAAAGCUUCAGAGAAUACCUCUGAAAAUAAUACUAUCAAGAAAGAACUAGACAGAAUCAAGAAGAUUCUAGGCAAAGAGGCUAAUAGCGUCAUUAAGGAAGGCGACAAACUUGGCGAUGAGCUGAAGAAAUGAAGAUAUAAAGUCAGCAAACUUCAAAGAGAACUCGAAACUUCUAGAAGCGAGCAAGAAGUAGUUCUUAAUCAUCAGAGAUACGAACAGAUUGAAGAAAUUCAACUUCAGAUAGCUGAAGCAGAGGAGGAAUUGAUGAGCUUAGAGCAUGAAUGCAGAAAUUCAACAAUACAAAUUGAAAAACAAGCCAAGAGACUAAAGGAAAAACAGAAAAUGAUAGAUGAAAUGGUGAGCAAUCAGGACAAAACAACAUCUCCUUACGGAAAUGUUGUGAUCAAGCAGAACACCAGAGACCCUGAACUGGAAUACUUCAGCGAGAGACUAAAGAGAAUCGUGAACAAUUAGCCAUA